GGCGGAAGGGCGCUCUUUUAAAGUCUCCGGCUUUGGUCUACGACCACUUCCGUCGUAGCCAUGUCGGUUAAUGCUACCACUAACCCAUCGCAGCUACUGCCCCUAGAGCUUGUGGACAAAUGUAUAGGAUCAAGAAUUCACAUUGUGAUGAAGAGUGAUAAAGAAAUUGUUGGUACACUUCUUGGGUUUGAUGACUUCGUCAAUAUGGUGCUGGAAGAUGUCACUGAGUUUGAAAUCACACCAGAAGGAAGAAGAAUUACUAAAUUAGACCAGAUUUUGCUAAAUGGAAAUAAUAUAACAAUGCUGGUUCCUGGAGGAGAAGGGCCUGAAGUAUGACUGGAUUUCUUGAUUCUGCUAGAUUCUCUUUUGUCUUAUAAUGGCAAGAACUAGAAAACUUUUUUUUAACCUUUAAUGUUUAGAUUCUAUACAGCUGUUUCCCAUUACAGGGAAAUACCUUAAAGAUGUAUGUGCAUAAGUUAAUCAUGGUUAUCUCAGAAAAGUUUUUU